AUGCGUUUCAGUCUUUGUAGACGGCAUCAAUCCGAAAGUGAAGCCAUUUUAAAGAUCUCAAAUUCAACUCCUAGGACGAACAUUGAUGUUCUUGGUGGUGAAUGCUUCCGAUUUAACCAUAUUUUGAUGACUAAUGGUGGAUUUCCCAUUCAAAUGUCAUGCACUUAUGUGGAACAGGGGAUCUCAUGUGGUUUCAAACACCAUGGAGCAAUUGACGCAAUUUGGAGGAAACGAGAUUCGUGUAUAUUCCCACCACUUAACGUUCUGAUGUACGUGCGCUUUUAUAAACGAGAGGAAUUUAUCACAAUCGUUGUCUGUGAAUCGAAUGUACUUGAUGAAGAUUAA